AUGGCAAUAGAUCACAAAUCCGCCGGCGGCGAAGACUUGAUUGACGACUCUCUUGAGCUGUCGUCGUCAUACCAAGACAGCAACUGUCGCGUGUUCAAAAUCAUCGUCAUAGGAGACACCAGCGUGGGGAAGACGUGUCUGACUCACAGGUUCUGUGGCGGUUCCUUCCUGAACAAUCCCGAGGCGACCAUCGGCGUCGACUUCCGGGAGAAGACGCUGAGGCUGGACGGGGAAGUCAUCAAGUUGCAGAUAUGGGACACGGCCGGCCAGGAGCGUUUCCGGAAGAGCAUGGUGGACCACUACUACCGCAGCGUUCACGCCGUCAUCUUCGUGUACGACGUCACCAGCCUGGCCACUUUCCAGAGCCUCCCCGAGUGGAUCGAGGAGUGCGGCCGUCACUCCGUGGGGCCCCUAGUGCCGCGCGUGGUGGUGGGAAACAAGUGCGACCUAAGGGACCGUCGCGAGGUGCCCACGUCUGCGGCCCAGUGCCUGGCCGACGCGCACAACAUGCCCCUCUUUGAAGCCUCGGCCAAGGACCCGGCUGAGGAGGAGCACGUGGAAGCCAUUUUCUUGACUUUGGCUUACAGACUAAAGAGUCAUAAACCUCUGAGACUGAAGCAGCCUGCUGCUGAGGGUGAUGUCACGUGUCUGUGGAAGCCCAGAAAGCAGGAGGCGGGGCCUUGUCAAUGCUGAUAAUAAGCUCCGCCUCCAACCCUCUUAAUCAGCCUGCUGUAAAGCACAGGCUAACAAAUUUGCACUAUAUUUUUAUGAAAUGUAUUCCCAAAUACAGACAUGUAGCGAAGGAAAAUACAAUCUAUUUUUAGCUCAUUCAUCAAAAAAUAUAACUGACCAGUGCCCUUAAUUUUGAUCAUGUAAAGAGCUGAUAUGCAAUUAACCACGUAGCAACUUAGCUGUGCAGACAUAAAGAGAAAACAUGUCCACUGCAAGUGACAUGUCCAUCAAUAAAGUGAAAGUAUACGUGAGGCAUUUUAUCAUUUUAUUAUUUUUUGUGACAGACAAAAAACAACAACCUUGAAUUGCAGACAUUGUCUCCGGAAGACCUUGGAGUUCAGAACAUACCACAAGGUGACGCCACGAUGUGGAAUUUCAAUGCAGCCUAUUUUUGUCUUGCAUGCAAAUCUCCAAAAUAAAGAACAUUCCGGCUC